AGCCUUUAAAAGGCGGCGGCGGCGGCCUCCGCGUGUGUCCCGGUGUCUGUCAGAGCGACCCACCGACUGACCGACCCACCGACUGCGGCAUGCUGGCGCUCAGCGCCGCCCGCCGCCUGCUUCGCCCGCCCGGGGACCUGCUGCUGCCGUCGCCGGGGCUCGCCGGCAUGUGGGCGACCGGUGCCCGCGGUUGCAGCGCGGCCGGCGGCGGCUCCCAGAACCCGGUGGUGUACUUGGACGUGGGUGUCGACAACCAGCCCCUAGGACGCGUCGUGCUGGAGCUGAAAGCUGACGUCGUUCCAAAGACAGCAGAAAACUUUAGAGCUCUUUGUACCGGUGAAAAAGGAUUUGGAUAUAAAGGAUCCACUUUUCACAGAGUGAUUCCUUCAUUUAUGUGCCAGGGUGGUGACUUUACAAAUCAUAAUGGAACCGGUGGAAAAUCCAUUUAUGGCAGUAGAUUUCCAGAUGAAAACUUCAUACUUAAGCACGUAGGACCUGGUGUCCUUUCAAUGGCCAACGCGGGACCCAAUACAAAUGGAUCUCAGUUCUUCAUUUGCACUGCAAAAACUGACUGGCUAGAUGGAAAACAUGUUGUUUUUGGGCAUGUAAAGGAAGGAAUGGAUGUUGUGAAAAAAAUUGAGGGCUUUGGUUCCAAGAGUGGAAAACCCUCCAAAAAGAUUGUCAUUACUGACUGUGGCCAGCUGUCCUAGCCCUUUGCCCUGCCACUCAGGACAACUUCGAUGCUGUGAAAAAUCAGUCAUAAAAAGCCCCAAACAUUUCCGAUCCCAUGAGUAGCACCUAUGGAGCCAUAUUUUCUAUUUAACUUGUUCUGGACUUUUAUACCUAUAUUGAAUAAUAUCAAUUAAAGCAUAAAACAAUAACUGCAACAUGUUUUAACUGAGCUACCUUGGUAGUCACACUGUCACAGUGGUUUGGUAGAGUCCCACUGCGUUUUGAAAGUAGCCCUACGGUCGCCCAGAGCAUAUCUGACUGCAGCCUUGAUGCUGUCCUUAGUAUUUGGAUGUUUCAGGUGUUAGAAUCAGUGGUGCAGUUGACAACUAAGUGUUCUGUACUUGGGAGUUAGAUAUAAAUUGAGAAAUACCAUGUUCCUGUGGUGCUAAUAAAUGCCUAUUCUGUUGUUUGUCUCAUCACUUUGGAAAAAUAAUACUAACUAGUGCUCUCAAGGCUGCCUGCAACAAGGCCGUCAGACUUUUUCUUUCUGUGCCUCAAUUUAAGUUGAUCCAAUAGAACUAAUGUAUGAUUGUGGGUUAUUUUAAAUUAAUUCUGUCUUAAUCAUGUUUUGUAGUCUCAGACUGCUGUUUAAAACUGAACUCUACCUUACCUGCUUCACUAGAGCAAUUUGACUUUUGGGUUAAGUAAAUUGCUCUUGGUUGUGUUCACCUACUACUAGAGCUCUGCCCGGGCCAUAAGACCACAAAUGAGCCAAAAGAUCAUGGGACUUUUUUAUUAUGCAACUGUGAACUUACUUGAAGUGUGGUUCUGCUCUGACAUGUGGUUCUGUGAGGAACGCAGCACAGUUCUCAAUAAAUAGCCUAUUUUUGCACUUUGAGAAUGUAA